ACUCACUCAGUAAACAACUCACUCUGUAAACAACUCACUCAGUAAACAACUCACUCUGUAAACAACUCACUCUGUAAACAACUUUAGUCUCACAGUUAACCAAUAGACAUUUAAAGGUGAUUCACUCAAUGGUCAUUAAAGUACUAUCAGAAGGUAGUACACUAUAAUAUGUCCUCCUGGUUGAGGCCAUGAUGACAGCUACAAUGUAUCCUCCAACUACUCCAGAUAUUGUAUUCUACUGACGGGUUACAGGAAUACAGUGGUGAUGAUGGCCACCAGAGGACCUCUGCAGUUAACACUUGCACUUUUUAAGCCAGACAUCACCCGAGUGCCUCAUGUGGUGCAGGCUAUACGCAACAGGAUAAUACAAGAGGACUUCUUUGUUGUGCGGCACAAAGAGGUCAGGUUGUCUAGGCAAGACACAGAACAGUUUUACGAAGAACACCGGGGAAAAUUUUUCUACAACAGACUUGUAACUUUCAUGUCCAGUGGACCCUCCCAAGCUCUCAUUUUAGCUCACGAAGAUGCUAUCAAACAUUGGAGGGCAUUAAUGGGCCCAACUAAAGUGUACAAGACCAAGUAUGAGGCACCAGACACUAUCAGGGGAAUGUACGGCCUCACUGAUACCCGCAACUCCACCCACGGCUCGGAUGCAGAAGAAACGGCAGCGAGGGAGAUGAAGUUUUUCUUCCCUGAGUUCUGCCAGGAAGACUGGUACAGGGUCGAGGAGGACAGGUUCAGGAAAGGUCAAGUACGGUUAGAUGAAGUCAAGUUUAUGCACAACUUAUUUUGAUUUUUUUUUUUUUUUAGAAUAUUUAUUAACACCAAUACACAUCUCAUAAAAGAAAAUAGUUGAAGAGGAAUCUUAGUUACUUGUGAUCAAAGCCAAGAUUUUUCAUUUUAUCCAUUUUAAAUUGUUUCUCUGCAGACUUGAGAAACAGAGGACACAGUAAACCCUUGAUACCUGCUGGACUCACACUCCUGUAAAAUUACAUGAACAUAAAAUUUGACAAAAUCAGAUUUAAUGACUUUUGGGGAAAAUUUUAUUGCAAAUCUGAACCCAAAAUUUCUGCGUAGUAGCCCACUAAAUUUAAUACUAAAAUACUUUACUACCUUUUUUUAUAUUAAUUAUUUUUAUCAUCAAACUACUGUAUGUGUAUGAUAAGGCCAAAAACCCCAGUUCAGUAUUUUGGUGAGUGAUGGGUGACCACACUCGCCUCAGGGAAGCCUUGACUGAGUGGCCACUUUUGUCUUGUUACAGUAGAGACAGUGCUUGUGUUUGCUCUUGGAUUUUCAGUUCUGUUGUUUUUAGAUUUUUUUGUACUGUACUGUAUUAUCAUAAUUGUUUUUACUUUUACAUAUUCACUUUGGAAUGAAAGGCAUAAGUAAAGUAGAGGUACAGUAGAGAAAUAUAGAAAUAUAUGAGAAGUACUGCAGCAAGAUUUCUUGAUAAUUUGGGUGGUGGAGGAAGGAGUCCUUCACCUCUCCACCACACACCACAUUGGCCAAAGAGCCUUCAGUGGUCUGGGUUUAACCACACUGUCUGGCUCACCCAUUUGUGGUGUAUGAGGUGCCACCACUAAGCUGGCUCUUAUUGAAUUUAUGAUUUUCUCAUUUUUUACUCGAGAGCAAAAUCUUUUUCAUAAUUCAUGUGUUGUAUUUUAUUAUUUUACUUAACUCCAGGUAUCGUCAGCACUAUAGUGAAGUGGACAAUGUAGAUAUAAAAUUAUGGUCAUCGUUGCUUUGUUUUGAUAUGUCAAAAUCACGAAUUAUGUAACCACUCCAGGUUCAGUUACGGAAAAAGGUCCAGUCAGUCCUCCGUCACGUCCACGAACCCUGAGACUCGUGAACCUGUGAAUCCGAGACAUCACACAUUGUUGAGCCCAUAGACGGUGCACUGUGUCAUGUGUCGGAGUCACAGAUUCAUGAGUCUCAGGGUUCAUGGAUGGGAUGGAGGACAGUUCUCACUUUUCUUACUAGGUUCAAGUUUUCAAUGUUCCUGAUGAUGCCAUUUACUCUUACACUCAGUAGGAUGAUUGUAAAUAAUAAAAUGAUAAUUUCUACAGUACUGUA